AUGUCGUCACCUUUGGCUGCAUCUUUAGCUACCAAGUUGCAGGAGAAAUCAGCACCCAUUGGUCAUAAAAUUAUCCGCGAAGGAAAUGGCGUUAUGAUCUUUCCAGAACAGAAUCAAGUUUUCUACAAUCCCGUCCAAGUAUUGAAUCGUGACUUGAGUAUCGCAAUGAUCUCGGAAUUCGCUCGUUGUCGAGCACGGGAGCAAUUGACAAAAGAGGCACGUAAAGCAUUCCAUGCAACAGGUGGUGACACGAAAUUUGAGCCCAAAAUCUUCACGGACGAAGAGAUUGACAAGCAUUUAGUUGAUACAGCAGAGACGAAUGGGAUUCGUAUCUUUGAAGCAUUAGCAGCCUCAGGACUUCGCUCGAUCCGGUACUUUCAGCAAAUUCCUGGAGUCAAAUCGAUUCUGGUGAAUGAUAUGGAUCCAGCCGCAGUCGAGACUAUUAAACGCAACGUUGCGUUCAAUGAAUUGCCAUUGGAUCGGGUCAUUCCUAAUGAAGCAGAUGCAACGGACGUCAUGUACAACCAUCGACAACAUACGGAUCAAUUUGACGUUAUUGACUUGGAUCCGUACGGAUCUGCUUCCAUUUUCUUAGACGGUGCAGUACAGAGUGUUACCAAUGGUGGACUACUAUGUGUGACAUGCACGGACAUGCCUGUACUAUCGGGUAAACAGCCUGAGGUGUGUUUCUCCCGCUACGGAGCACUACCGAACAAGUCUCACUAUCUGCACGAAAUGGCGCUGCGCAUGGUGCUGCACACGAUCGAGUCGUCGGCGAACCGCUACGCACGUCAUAUUGUGCCGAUCGCGUCAUGUAGCAUUGACUUUUAUGUACGUGUCUUUGUCCGCGUCUACAAGUCGCCAGCAAAUGUGAAGAAAGCGAUGACGAAACUGUCGCACGUCUUUCAGUGCGUCCAGUGCGAGAGUUUCCACCUGCAGCCUCUCGGUGUAUCGAGCGGAAACAGCUACCAUGCCUCGCGCGGACCAGUUGUGGGGCAGCAGUGUGAUCAAUGCCAGGGUAAGUACAAGAUGGCCGGACCGAUCUGGUCGGCGCCGCUACACAGCCGUGAUAUCGUGCUAAAGAUUCGCGACCGUGUGGAAAAGAGUACAUUGGAAUUCCCUACAAAGCCUCGUCUGCACGGAUUGUUGACUACACUGUCCGAGGAGCUCAUCGAUGCUCCGUUGUACUACACUCUUCCGGGUCUGAGCAAAGUUCUGCACUGCACGAACCCACGCAUGUCACAGAUCCAAGGUGCCAUUCGCCACGCUGGCUACGAAGUCUCGCAAUUCCAUAAAGUACCUGACGCUAUCAAGACCACUGCACCAAACGACGUUCUUUGGGACAUUAUGCGAUGCUGGGUAAAGAAGUACCCACUGAACAAGAAACGCAAGGAUCAGGAAACUCCAGGCAGCCGAAUUUUAGCAAAGGAGCCCAAAUUUGAUGCCAAUUUUUCAUCAAAACGUCCUGGACCGAAUGAGAAACCCAAGGCGCUGCGAUAUCCUCUAAACCCGGAGCCAAAUUGGGGUCCAAAGGCGCGUGCUGUGGGGUACAAGGCUGACAUUGUAACCCCUGUGGGUACGAGUAAUGAAGAUCAGAUUCAUGAACCGGAUACGAAGAAGAAGGCGAAAAUGGAAUAA